AUGCGCGUCUCCGGGGGGGAGCGGGGCAAAGUUCUGAAAAGCCGCACGAGUUUCCCCCUGCCGUACCUGGGGGAGAUCAACCCGUGUUACCCCCCACGGCGCGGAGGGAAGAGCGAGGACCGGGAGAACCCGUCAAGCGGCUCCGAGAGCCUCCGGACAUCAGCGGCAGAGGCAGAAGGUCGAACGCGUGUCCCGUCCCUGCUCAGCGCCUUAUCCUCCCCCCAGAGCUUUCCUCCCCAUCCUCGGGAAGGCGGCAAGUCCUGGAAGGCUCUGAGCCUCUCGCAGAAGCGUCCCUACGUGGAGGAGGCUGAGCGGCUGCGGGUGAAGCACAUGCAAGAUUACCCCAACUACAAGUACCGGCCUCGGCGGAAGAAGCAGGUCAAGCGGAUCUGCAAGAGGGUGGACCCCGGGUUUUUGCUGGGCAGCCUGACGCGGGACCAAAACGCUGUGCCGGAGAAGCGGACCUGCGGCCGAGCUGGUGGGGAGAAAGAGGGACCGGGUGAGUACCCACCUCGCCCGGGGUUGCCGACCGGCCGGGGAUACCGGGAUGCACCGGGCAGCAGCAACGGCAGCAGCACCAGCGUGGACACCUACCCCUACGGGCUGCCCACCCCUCCGGAGAUGUCACCGCUGGAUGCCAUAGACCCCGAGCAGAGCUUCUUCUCCUCGCCCUGCUCCGAUGAACAUCACCGCUCCCACCUCGCCGGAGCCACCUACUCCCCGGAGUACGCGGGCAGCUCCCUCCCGUGCAACCACCACCCUCUCAGCCCCAUCCCACCGCCGGCCACCUGCAUGAUCCCCCCGGCCUCCAGCUGCCCUCCUCUUCCUCCUCCUCCUCCUCCUGCCAGCUACUACACACCCGCCUUCCCCUCCCUGCACCCCCCCAACCUCCAUGCCCACCUGGGCCAGCUCUCCCCACCACCCGACCACCACAGCUUUGACACCUUGGACCAGCUGAGCCAAGCUGAGCUCCUGGGGGAGAUGGACCGCAACGAGUUUGACCAAUAUCUCAACAACCCUGGCCAUGGUGACCACCAUGGUGGGGUCCUGGUCAACGGACACGUCCCGGCGGCUGGCAGCUCCCAUGCCUCCGAGACCAGCCUCAUCUCCGUCCUUGCCGAUGCCACGGCCACCUACUACAAUAACUACAGUGUCUCCUAG